AUGUCAGAGUCAACCGUACUAGUUACCGGGGCCACCGGCUUCAUUGCACAACAUGUUGUUGAUAAACUCUUGAAGAGAAAGUACAGAGUUAUCGGCACAGCCAGAUCGGAAGCAAGAUACUCUCCCAUAUUGGAAGAGUUCAAAAAGAAGUAUCCAGAGGGCAAUCUCACCUUUGAAGUGGUUGCAGACAUCGCGGCAGAUGAUGCCUUUGACGAGGUUUUGAAGAACCACCCUGAAAUCAAGUACGUGUUGCACACUGCAUCACCAUUUUCAUAUGGUCUUAACAAGCCUUUCGACGAAGCCUACUUGAACCCUGCUCUCCACGGAACUUUAAACAUUCUCAACGCAAUCAAGAAGUAUGCGCCACAGGUCACAAAUGUCGUUAUUACCUCGUCUUUUGCGGCAGUGAAACAAUUGGGCGAUGCCUUCAAGACUGAAAUUCAUACAAACGAGUCAUGGAACCCAAUUAAGUGGGAAGAGGUGAAAAAUGAAAACGAAGCCUAUAGUGCCUCAAAGACUUAUGCAGAAAGGGCUGCAAGAAAGUUCUACGAGGAAGAAAAGCCAGCUUACAAUCUAGCAACCGUUAACCCACCAAUGGUUUUGGGUCCCCAGUUGUUCGAUAGCUCCGUCGAAAAAGUGUUGAAUACUUCCAACGAGUUUUUGAACAAGAUCACUCAUUUAGACCCAACCUCUACAGCUCCGCAAGACAAAUUUGCUCUUCUAGCAGUAGACGUCAGAGAUGUUGCUGAGUUCCAUGUUUUACCAUUGGAAAACAAGGAGCUUGAGAGCGAAAGAGAGUUUAUUGUUUCUUCUCCUUUGAUCGCACAAGCAGUUCUUAACAUUUUGAACGACAAUUUCCCUGAGCUCCACGGUAAAAUCGCAAGGGGGGAUUACAGUAGUGUAGAUGAUGUGAUUGCAAGGUCUUGUCCCAAAUAUGACGUCUCCAGCACCCUUAAAAAGGCUUCUGACUAUAAGCUGAUUAGUUUAGAAAAGUCAGUAGUUGAUGUCUACAAGCAGUAUUUGUCAAAAUACAGCUUUUCUUAG